UUUAUAUAAACAGUACCUCCCUUUCUUUCUCCACCAUUCAAACAAAACCCAAAAAAUGAGCCAACACAACAUCCUCGAAGCUCUUAACGUCCGGGUCGUGGGCACGGGCGACCGGAUCCUAGUCCUAGCCCACGGGUUCGGCACAGACCAAUCCGCCUGGCACCUGAUCCUCCCUUACUUCACUCAAACCUACAGAGUCGUCCUCUACGACCUAGUCUGCGCCGGCAGCGUCAACCCCGACUACUUCGACUUCAACCGCUACACCACCCUCGACCCCUACGUCGACGACCUCCUCAGCAUCAUCGACUCCCUCGGGAUCCAGACCUGCGCCUACGUUGGCCACUCCGUCUCCGCCAUGAUCGGGAUCAUCGCCUCGAUCCGCCGCCCGGAGCUUUUCUCGAAGCUCAUCCUCAUCGGAGCCUCUCCUCGGUUCCUCAACGACGAGGACUACCACGGCGGGUUCGAGGAAGGCGAGAUCGAGAAGGUGUUCUCGGCCAUGGAGGCUAACUACGAGGCAUGGGUCCAGGGAUACGCUCCUUUAGCCGUCGGGGCGGACGUCCCCGAGGCGGUUAGAGAGUUUAGCCGGACGCUGUUCAACAUGCGUCCGGAUAUCUCUCUGUUCGUGUCGAGGACGGUGUUCAAUAGUGAUCUCAGAGGCGUUCUUGGGUUGGUGAGAGUGCCUUCUUGCGUGAUUCAGACGGCGAAGGACGUCUCGGUUCCGGCUUCGGUGGCGGAGUAUCUACGUGCUCAUCUCGGUGGGGAUACGACGGUGGAGACGUUGAAAACCGAGGGGCAUUUGCCGCAUCUCAGUGCUCCGGCGCAGCUUGCUCAGUUUCUCCGGCGUGCACUUCCUCGGUGACUUUUUGUUUUUUUUUUCUUUUAAUAGUAAAAGAUAAUUUGAAGAAUAUGGUUUUGUGGGGUCCACGUGGGUAACGGAGGGCCUCUAUUGGUGGAGGACAGUAUGGUAUCGUCAAAUCUAGAGAUAAGAUUGUUCACUUGACACGUGUUGAACGCAUCAUUGCUUUACUUUUUUGAGUGUUUUGAAUUUUGAUUAGUUAGUUAAUCACGAGUUUAAAUAUAAUAAUACCGCUAAUUGUUAGUGGA